CACAACUCCAGUGGCCCGGAUGAUCAUCAGAUAUUUUCCGGCUCUUCAGAACUUUGCACUUUUGUGCUGAAGGCAACAUUCUAAGUCACCAUUCUAAGUUGCGCUUGACACCAUGUCUCAGAAACUGGAGGUCGACUCUUCGGACAUCGUAAAAGUUAUUCUCCAGUUCUGCAGAGAAAACGAACUCACGCAGUCUUACUACGCUAUUCAAGACGAAUGUCAGGUUGCUCUGAACACAAUAUUCAGUGGAGAAAUACUCACUGACAACAUAAUGCAUGGGCGUUGGGAUGAGGUUCUUUUGCAGGUUUCUCAACUUCAUUUGCCCCAACAGGUGCUUCAGGACUUAGUCGAACAAAUUGUACUGGAAAUGAUUCAUCUCAAGGAGUUUGACACAGUCUUUUUACUUAUGCAAACCAAGGUGAUGAAUAUCAUGCGUCAGGAGCAACCUUCUCGCUUUGCGAAACUUGAGCGGUUGGUGAAGUGCAGUACUCGAUCGAACAUAGAUAAUCAUCAUUUUGAUUUGCCGAAAAAGAUACCCCGAGCGUCCUUGGCAAAAACACUACUACGGGAGAUUACAGUUGCGCCCCCUUCUCAAAUGUUAACGCUGAUAGGACAGGCACUCAAGUGGCAAAGGGAGAAAAAUAAAUUAUCGCCUGAUCACUUUUUCGAUCUCUUUCGCAGCGCAAAUGCAGCCAUAGUGGAUGCAGUUGAGGCUUGUCCAGCUUCCGAGCACUGCACCAUAAAUUUCGGAUUGAAAACUUGUCCUCAGUGUGCAUGUUUCUCCUCAGAUGGUCAACUGCUUGCCACGGGUUCAGUGGAUGGCCUCGUAGAACUAUGGAACUGGUUCUCAGGGAAACUUGAGCGAAACCUUCACUACCAAGAGGCGGAGUUAUUUUUUAUGCACAGUUCUUCUGUUCUUGCACUCGACUUUUCAAGGAACAGUGACUUGUUGGUAUCAGCCUCUCUGGACGGAGAAGUGAAGGUUUGGCAAGUCAAUACGGGACAAUGUAUUCGUAAGUUUGAAAAGGCACACCCUCAAGGGAUUUGCUCUGUGGUAUUCAACUAUGACAGUAGUCAGCUUUUGAGCGUCUCAACUGAUGGUGCUGUUCGCAUACAUGGAAUAAAGUCUGGAAAAAUGUUGAAGGAGUUGUCCAGUGAACGCACUGUGAAAGAUGCGAAGUACACUACCAAUGGGUUUCAGAUCAUAACAGGCACACUAGAUGGGAUAGUUCAAGUCUGGGAUUCCAAGAGCAUGGAAAUCAUUGAGGAGUUGUAUCCACCUGUUUUGGACUCGUCAGGAAGAAGGGCAGCUAUAAAAUGUAUUAUUCCACUCAACAACUCUCCUGGUCAAUUCGUGGUGUGUACUACGAAGAACACUGUGCAUGUUAUGACUUCGCGUGGGCAAGUCGCUCAGUCAUUUAGUUGCAAACUUGGAAAAGGAGACUUCGUGUCGUGUGUCGUGUCGCCGAAAUGCGACUGGAUUUACAUCCUUAGGGAAGAUGGAAACGUGAUUUUUUUUUCAGUGAAAAGCAGUGAAGUUGAGAAACUGCUCCUGGCUCACGAUGAGCUUCCCCUGGGCAUUUGUCACCAUCCUCACCGUGCUGUAUUGGCGACUUUCUCCAUGUCGGGUACCCUGAGGUUAUGGGUUCCAUGAUGUGUGCGCUUUAAGUAGGGCGAAAACCAUCUCACGAAAAGCGUCACUGCCAAGAUUUGUGAUAUGUACAAACUGAAAUGUUUACUGGUUUUUCACACUAACACGAUUUCGCGGGGAAUGUUCUCGUCAGGGAUUGCAGCAAAUUGAGAUAGUAUCUCUCUGAACCGUUCACCGUCCAUAGUUUCAGUUUCAAGUAGCUCUUCAACAAUCACGUCGAUCGCUUCACGGUUAUCUUUGAUUUGUGAAAGUGCUACAGCAUAUGCUUCGUCAGCAAUACGUUUGGUUGCAAUAUCGAUGUCAUUAGCAAGCUGCUCAGACAUCGCAUUGCGGGCCAUCAUUCGCAUGAUCAUAUCUCCACCCUGUGAAGAAGGAUCGUUAAGAGCCCAGGGGCCCACGUCUGACAUUCCAAAGGUUGUGACCAUUUGCUUUGCCAUACUAGCAACUUGUUGAAGGUCACCUGAAGCGCCAGUGGUAACCUCAGCAGCUCCAAAAAUGAUCUCCUCUGCUGCGCGACCACCAAGGGCACCGACAACACGCGCAAAUAUCUGCUGCUUGCUGAUAAGAGAUGGAUCUUCGCCUGGAAUGAACCAUGUCAACCCUUUUGCUUGACCUCGCGGUACGAGCGUUACCUUCUGAACUGGAUCGUGACCAGGUGUUAGGGUACCACAGAUGGCAUGUCCGACUUCAUGAUAGGCAACAAGAGACUUUGCUUUUCCAUCGGUCAUGCGAGUGCCUUCCAUCCCUGCGACGAUGCGGUCAACUGAGUCAUCUAUCUCAGAGAUGCCAAUGGCUUCCUUGCCACGACGCCCAGUCAGAAUAGCAGCUUCAUUAAGUAAGUUGGAAAGGUCAGCUCCAGAGAAUCCAGGGGUGCGCUUUGCGAUGGUCUCAAUAUCAAUGUCUUCAGUAAGACGCU